UAACCAAACCGCCAUAUGCUAAUGUGAGAAAAAAAAACUCACAUUAUGUGUUAUGUUAAUAUAUGCAACUUCCUGAAUAAAUAUUUUACAGCUGCACUCAAUAAAUACAAUGCAAAUUUGCAAUGCAAAUAACAGUUUUACAGUCCAAUUGUUUACAAUAUAUUUACAAUGCAAAAUACACUGUUCUGUGGAGCCUUUCAGAUCAUUGUUUGGUUUUAGCAGUUGCAACUUCCGCGUCACACCUGUCACCGUAACUUGUUCCCGACAUGAUACAUAAUCUCUUUUUAGGGGAACUAUGCAACCAUCCAGCAAAGUUAAUAGUUUAUCUACUUAACAGACAUUUUUGUUACCCGGGACCUGCAAGGCUUUGCGCAGGGCAAAACUACCAAGUGAGACCGCCGGAGUAUAGCUGCCCGAAAACUUUGCCUGAUUACAAAUUCAUAAACUUUUAUACGGGAAGCAUCAAUUGGGUUACGAGUACGGUAGAUGAACAUUUAAACCGUCCCUUAUAUAUUUUGACACAUAAAUAAUAUCAUUUUGACUUCACUCUUUUGAUUUAUCGACUUUUACUCGUGACUUUGUUGCGUUUACGUGUGCAUAGAACUGCAGGCGUGUCUCCAGUUACUCAGGCAGCUCUGCCAUAUUGGCACCAACUGAUAUUUCUUGGCACAGUUAUCCGUAGUUAGCAGCUGAGAUGAUUCACAGCCUGUUCCUGAUUAAUCACACGGGGGACAUCUUCCUGGAGAAACACUGGAAGAGUGUGAUCAGCCGGAGCGUCUGCGAUUACUUUUUCGAGGCGAGGGAGAAGGCUGUGGACCCGGAGAAUGUGCCCCCUGUCCUGCAGACCCCACACCACUAUCUCAUCACCGUGUACAGGGGAAAGCUCUUCUUCCUCUCUGUCAUCCAGACCGAAGUCCCUCCACUCUUCGUCAUUGAGUUCCUGCACAGAGUGGCAGACACGUUUCAGGACUAUUUUGGAGAGUGCUCAGAAGCCGUGAUCAAUGACAACGUGGUGACAGUUUACGAGCUGCUGGAAGAGAUGCUGGACAACGGCUUUCCACUCGCAACAGAGUCCAACGUCCUCAAGGAGCUGAUUAGGCCUCCCACUAUCCUGCGAUCAGUCGUCAAUACGCUCACAGGAAGUAGUAAUGUCGGAGAAAAGUUGCCAACAGGUCAAUUGUCCAACAUCCCAUGGAGGCGUGCUGGUGUUAAAUACACCAACAAUGAGGCAUAUUUUGAUGUGAUCGAGGAAAUAGAUGCCAUCGUGGACAAAUCGGGUACGACAGUGUUUGCAGAGAUCCAGGGUGUAAUUGAAGCCUGCGUGCGGCUCACCGGGAUGCCCGACCUGACUCUGUCCUUCAUGAAUCCCCGUCUCCUCGAUGACGUGAGCUUCCACCCGUGUGUGCGGUUUAAACGCUGGGAGGCCGAGCGCGUCCUGUCCUUCAUCCCGCCAGAUGGAAACUUCACUCUCAUGACGUAUCACGUCAGCUCUCAAAAUCUCGUAGCCAUUCCUGUGUAUGUGAAGCAGAACAUCAGUUUCUUUGAGACGGGCUCUUGUGGUCGCUUGGACAUCACCAUCGGACCCAAGCAGACUAUGGGGAAGAUGGUGGAGGGAUUGAUGGUCACGAUCCACAUGCCCAAAGCUGUGCUCAGUGCCAACCUCACAGCCACACAGGGAAACUACACCUACGACCUCACCACCAAGGUGUUAGUUUGGGACAUUGGGAAACUUAACCCUCAGAAGCUUCCGAACUUGCGAGGCAGCCUCAGCAUGCAGGCAGGAGUCCCCAAGCCCGAAGACAACCCCUCACUCAACAUCGACCUGAAGAUACAGCAGCUCGCCAUAUCAGGUCUCAAAGUGAGCCGUCUCGACAUGUAUGGAGAGAAAUACAAGCCAUUUAAAGGGGUCAAGUAUUUGACUAAAGCCGGGAAAUUCCAAGUGCGAACCUGAGUGUCGACUGUGAAGAGGCCAAAGGUGGGCAACCCGCUGUGCCAAAUAGGGGGCACGGUUACCGCACCGCUGAGCCAGCCCUCGAUUAGUAAUUACAAGUCCCCCGACUCUUUGUUAUAAGUGAAGAAUCCUGCAGUCUAACAGAUAUUUAUUACAUGUUUGGCAUUACAGAUGUAUGACUGGGUGGUUUUGUGGCCUGUAAAGGGAAGCCUUAAUAAUCAGUGUGACCACGUUGGCGCUAUUUGUUUCUAGUUUAAAUGUGCUGCGUAGUUUUGAAUCAUUCCUUUCUUUUUGGAUUUUCUUUUUUUUAUUCGUAUCUAACACUUUCUGAGUGUUGUCAAAGGGGAACAUUUUGAUUUGACAAAAAGGACACUUGCAGCUCACCACCUUGCUCUUCACCAAACCAACGCACCUGAAAAAUCUCGCCUGCAUGACGCUCGUGAGUGAAGACACAUGCCUUUGAAAAACGUUUUACAUUAUCUAAUGUAGCCAGUUUUUAUAACCACAGAUACGUUUAUUUUUGAGAAAUCCAGGCUCUCGAGGCUCUGCCUUCAGUGCAGCUAUUUUUGCAGACGUUCACUCACUUUUAAUGUGGCCUUGUAAGAGUAGGGUAAAGUGCCUUGCGCGGCACACACUACAGCACAAACUGCAUGGAGGUGUAUUAAAAAUAUACCUUCGGCUAUCUGCAGAGUGUCGUUACAGCAAACUGGUGAUCCUUUUGGAAAAAUAUGAGUAAAAAAUAACCCUGAAAUCCUCACGCAAUCUUGAAUGCAACUUCUUUAUUCAGCACAGCAUUUGCACAAUCAACUGUCCGCGUGGAAAAUACUAAUUAUUCUAAUUGUAUGGAGCUGAAUCUGUAUUUCUGUUUAUAUGAAGUCUUAUAAAAGCUUUCAAUUAGG